GUUACCGUCUCCGGCCGCGCUUCAGCUCCGCUUGCGACGGCGGCUCAGCCGUCGUAAAGCGCAGCCGCGCCGACCGCUGCAAGGCGAUUUAUGACAGCCUCCGGUUCGACUUACGGCGUGCGGCCGUCCACACUCCUCCCGCCUGGAGUCUCGGCCUUCUCGCCCGGCCGAGGCUGUCUCUGUGACCCGCUCUUUGUAGCGCGCGUCGCCGGGCACUCGCUGGCGGUCAGGCUCCAGGGACCUUGGGCGUCUGCCCGCCGCCGUCUGGCUUUUCCGUCCGCCUUCCUCCCGGCGUGCACCGCGGCGCGGCCAUGUUGCCGUAGUGUUGUUUUCUUCCUGCGGAGGCGAGGGUCCGCUGCGGACCGCGACGCGCGGGCCUCGCCUCUGCUCGCUCGCGGGCGCCGGCCCUCGCCGCUCCCCCGCCUCCCCGGCCCGCACCAGAGCCGUCGGCCCGCCAGGGGCUCGGGGGACGGCUGAAGGCCGGGCCCGGGGACCACCAUGGCGGCCGCCCUGGGCGCGGGCGGAGGAGCAGGCGCUGGAGAUGACGACUUUGACCAGUUUGACAAGCCUGGUGCAGAACGGUCCUGGAGAAGAAGAGCUGCUGACGAGGACUGGGACAGUGAACUGGAAGAUGACUUGCUUGGAGAAGAUUUACUGUCUGGCAAAAAGAAUCAGUCGGAUUUGUCAGAUGAAGAGCUGAAUGAUGAUCUCUUACAGAGUGACAAUGAAGAUGAAGGGAACUUCAGUUCUCAGGGUGUCACUAUCAGUCUGAAUACCACCUCUGGCAUAGUUACAUCAUUUGAGCUGUCUGACAACACCAAUGACCAAUCUGGAGAACAGGAAUCUGAAUAUGAACAAGGAGAUGAUGAGCUAGCCUACCACAAACCUGAGGAACAAGAAAUGUAUACUCAAGAGUACCCAGAGGAAGGACAGUAUGAAGGCCAUGACGCAGAGUUGACAGAAGACCAAAUAGAAUAUGGGGAUGAGCCAGAGGAGGAGCAGCUGUACAGUGAUGAAGUGCUGGACAUCGAAAUCAAUGAACCUUUAGAUGAAUUUACAGAUGAAGAAUACUUGCAGGCUUAUGGUGGGCAACAAGGGCUGCAAGUGCGGGAAGACUGUGAGGCUGAAGAUGACUUAGAUGAGAUUACUGAUUCCCAGGUUGCUUCUGAGACCCAUGAGGGAGGAAUGGAAACUCUGGAACUCCAGAAAGACAUAAAAGAAGAAUCAGAUGAAGAAGAUGAUGAUGAUGAAGAAUCUGGACGAUUACGUUUUAAAACUGAAAGGAAAGAAGGAACGAUUAUUAGGCUUUCAGAUGUAACUAGAGAGAGAAGGAACAUUCCAGAAACUUUGGAGCUUUCUGCAGAAGCCAAAGCUGCAUUGCUUGAAUUUGAAGAAAGAGAGCGACAGCAUAAGCAGGGGCGCUACUGUUCCCGGCGGGGAGGAAGGCGAGGAGGCUCUCUGAUGUGCCGAGGAAUGGGAGACCAGAGGCGAGACAACAGUGAGAGGGGAAGGAUGAAGGAGCACAGACCUGCCCUACUUCCUACACAGCCGCCUGUUGUGGCUCACUCUCCAAGAUUAAUCCCUCCUCCACAGCCUCAGCCUCCUCCUCCACCACCACCACCACCUCAGCAGCAGCCAAUCAGAAGUCUGUUCCAGCAACAGCAGCUGCAGCCUCUACUCCCCUUACAGCACCCGCAUCACCCCUCCCCACCACAGGGAGUGCACAUGCCUCCCCAGAUUGAGACUCCAAGGAUGAUGCUCACCCCUCCCCCAGUGACUCCUCAGCAGCCCAAGAACAUCCACAUCAACCCACACUUCAAGGGGACUGUGGUAACCCCUGUUCAAGUGCCCUUGCUGCCAGUUCCAAACCAGCCGAGGCCUGCCGUGGGACCCCAAAGAUUUCCAGGCCCUCCAGAAUUUCCACAGCACACACCUGGACCUGUUCCGAACAGUUUUAACCAGCCACCUAGACUUCCUCUCCAGGACCAGUGGAGGGCCCCACCCCCACCUCAGGAACGAGACCCUUUCUUCUUAGGAGUUUCAGGUGAACCAAGGUUUCCCAGUCAUCUUUUUUUGGAACAGCGAAGUCCUCCUCCACCACCGCCUCCUCCCACGCUCCUGAACAGCAGCCAUCCUGUUCCUACUCAGAGUCCCUUACCAUUCACUCAGCCUGGACCAGCAUUUAAUCAGCAAGGACAGCAGCCAGUGUUCCCUCGAGAGAGGCCUGUAAGACCAGCCCUGCAGCCCCCAGGCCCAGUGGGGAUCCUGCACUUUAGCCAGCCAGGGUCAGCAACUGCCAGGCCUUUCAUUCCUCCUAGACAGCCGUUUGUACCCAGCCCGGGACAGCCAUUCCUGCCUACACAUGCACAACCUAACCUUCAGGGACCCUUGCAUCCCCCGUUGCCACCACCUCAUCAACCACAGCCCCAGCCGCAGCAGCCCCAGCAGCAACCCCAGCAUCACCAGCACCAGCCACCCCUUCAGCCUCCCCUCCAGCCUCCACACCAGCCUCCCCCACAGCAUCAGCCUCCCCCUCAGCAUCAGCCGCAGCAGCACCAGCAUCACCACCACCUUUCCGCUCCUCCCCCUCCUCUGAUGCCCAUGUCUCAGCCACAGUUCAGGCCGCAUGUACAGACUGCCCAGCCUCAGCCCAACAGCAGUCGGAUGCAGUGUACCCCACGUCAGGGGCUCCGGCAUAAUGCAGCAUCUCAAAAUAUAAGCAAACGGCCCAUGCAGCAGAUGCAGCCAACUGCUCCCAGAAACAGUAACCUGCGGGAGCUCCCCAUAGCACCUUCACAUGUUCUGGAAAUGAGUGGUAAUCGCUGCUCCUCCACACCUGCUGCUCAGGUGAAGUCCAUGGUCAACACAUCCCCACCUUGUAGGGCCGUGGUGGCUUCCAGGAGCUCACAGGGAAAGACGGAUGCAAAAGCCAAGCCACUUAGUCCUGGGGCUCAACCUAAGGAAGAAGCAAAAGCAGAAGCAGAGUUUCCUGAUGAAGAUGAAGAGACAAGGUUAUAUCGUUUAAAGAUAGAGGAGCAGAAGCGACUGAGAGAGGAAAUCCUGAAGCAGAAGGAACUACGAAGACAGCAGCAGGCUGGUGCCAGAAAGAAGGAAUUACUGGAAAGACUUGCGCAGCAGCAGCAGCAGCAGCAGCAGCAGCAGCAGCAGCAGCAGAUCUAUGGCUCGCAGACUCCCAUGGAGCAAGAGGAACUGGCAGCUACACCAUCACCCACUAAUGGUAACCCAUUGUUGCCCUUUCCAGGGGCACAAUGCAGGCAGAAUGUGAAAACCAGACUUCUUGUUAAAAACCAAGACAUCACCACUGCUAGUGUUCAGCCCAAAGCGGUAAACUUUGUCCCGCCUGGUGCUAACAUGCAGCAUCAAGGGCAACACUUGAGACCACUGAAGCAUCUGCGACAGCUGCCACAAAAAGUCCUCCAGGUCAAGCCUAUGGAUAUGGAGGAUACCCCCCACUCCCCACAGGCAACCAGAGUGACGUCCCUUCAGGGUCGGCCUCAGGACUCCAAGCCAGGGGUGAAGAGGACUGUCAUGCACAGGGCCAACAGUGGAGGUGGUGGAGAUGGGCCACAUGUCAGCUCCAAGGUCAGGGUGAUUAAGUUGUCUGGAGGGCAGGGAGGAGAGAGCGAUGGUUUUUCUCACACAGAAGGCCAGCCUCAGCGGCUUCCGCAGCCUCCGGACAUGAGACAGCAGCCUACCCGCAAGGUGACGCUGACCAAGGGGGUUCCUCAGCAGCCCCAGCACCUUCCUGUGGGGCCCCACAUGUACCCGGCUAUUCCUCCAGGGAUCAAAAGUAUCCAAGGGAUUCACCCAGCCAAGAAGGCCAUCAUGCAUGGACGAGGCCGAGGAGUGGCAGGUCCCGUGGGCCGGGGACGACUAAUGCCAAAUAAGCAGAACCUUCGAGUGGUGGAAUGCAAGCCACAGCCCUGUGUGGUGUCUGUGGAAGGCCUAUCCUCAUCCACCACUGAUGUCCAGCUGAAGAGCCUGCUGAUGUCCGUGGGGCCCAUCCAGAGUUUACAGAUGCUUCCCCAGCAGCGGAAAGCCAUAGCGAAGUUCAAGGAGCCAGCCCACGCACUAGCAUUUCAGCAGAAAUUCCACAGGCACAUGAUUGAUCUGUCCCACAUAAAUGUGGCCCUGAUUGUGGAGUGAUCUGGAAUGGAAAAAUCUGACCUCAUGCUGCACACAGUGUGGAAUUUCUUCAAGGAAGCUUUAGGUCGGUGCAGGAUCCCCAGAAGUGCAGGCCUCUCCAGUCUGCAGUUUGCCAACUUGUCUGCGUGCCAGCCAGCCACAGGGUGAUUCCAGAAGAGAGCUAUUUAAACUGGUGGACAUGGGAUUGGAGUCUGGUGUUGGAUUGUUUUGAAUUCUGUUGUCCACAAGAACUCCGUUCUAGUGUUCUUUUGUUUCCAAGUGCUCAUGAUGCAUGUAGACCUUGUUCUUCGUGAUCCUGCUGUGUGAUUGGUCACGGAGUUUUAGAUUCAGGAAAGAACGUUACCAGCUCAAAUUCCAAGGAUUUUUUUCCACAGCAAAGAAUAUUUGAUAAUGGUUGCACUUAUCUUCAGUACAGGCUAGAAAAGAGUUCUCAACCAGGCUUAACUGGAGUGGUCUCAGAAAGCCCUCACUGGCUCUGGUAAAACAAAGGUAAAAAUGGGUGAUUAUGAUUGACACUCACCUGCCCUGGAAAGCCAGGGUGUGAGAUGGGUGUCUGGGAAUGGUGCCAUGGAAGUGGCAAUUCUGCUUCUUGUAAAUACCUCCAAAGUGCCACCUGUUUCAGCAGAAACUCUCAGAUGGGCACAGUACUAGCUAGACAAGCACUGGGCACUCCAGAGCCAGUGGCUCUGCCACCCUGCGGGCAGCACUCUUGGCCAAGUUUCCUGGCAUAGGUUGAGGCACAGCUUGAAGGGUGGUCAGACCUGCUUGGGCUUCUCUGCUUUUCAAAUGCCCUAGCUCUGGUUUGUGCUGUCAUUGCUUUGAUUGCCUCACUGUCCUUCAGGGCUCUGAAUUUCCUUUGGAUUGCCCUUCUAUCACAUGUGAGAAGGAUGGAUUUCCUAGCAGGGCUGAUGCUGCCCAAGAUAAGUGUAUCUGUCCACAUUACUCAUUUUGGUUGAUUCCAACAGGUGAGACUUGCUUUCUACAAAGCAUCCCUUGGAAGUUCAUGCUGGGCAGACAUUGAACACAGUGCCUUAUUAUGUUUCCCCCAUGACCGCUUCAGUGUUUGGGUCAUCCUCUAGAAUGGGCUGACACUAGGACACACUCAGGACCUUUUAGUUGUAUUUUAUACCUGUGAUUUUAUCUCACAUAUCUUAGGAAGAUGGAGGAGACAGAAGUCUGUUGAUAUCUGCUGUUGCAGGUAAUGAGGGAGUUCUGGACUCGAAGCAGCUGGCUUCCACAGCUGAAUUUUACAUUACAUUUUCAGUUAAGUUGCCAACAUUUUAACAACUGGAGAAUGGUAUUCCAGGCCCCAAGAAACUUUGCAUAGAAUUGAUUCUGAGAUGACACUAUGUGCUGGCAAGGGGCACUGAGGGACAUAGUUGUUAUUUGUUUGGGUUUCAGGCAAUUGAGCUGAGGCAUUCAUAGGAUGUCUUAGAAGACCUUGUGGUAUGGUGCCACCUCUGACCACAAAGCCUCUGUUUCACCCCUGCUUGGAGCACUAAGGGCCAGCCCUGCAGGGGCUGUACUUAGCUUGACCCUAGCCCAUCCAAAUGCUAUCAACUGGUAGCCCACUGUCACUCCCAUUCAUUGCACUUGAACACAGGAAAUGUUGAUAGAUAUUUCAUUAAAUCGGUGAGUUUGGUAAUAUGUUAGCUCUCAUUGGACAAGAUAGAUGCCAUGUAGGAGGUUGAGGAUUAGGACACAGUAAAAUGAGUUUGACCGUUUCACUGCUUUUUCAAGUAGUUUUGAGUGCUGGGCCUUUAAAACCCAAUUAUGCUUUUUUUUUUUUUUUUUUUUUUUUUUUUUUGGUGGGAAAAGUAGGCACUGAAGCAUUGAAGUCAGGUAAGGAAAUAUCCUCACCAACAUCACUGUUCAGGGUCUUAGGGCUGUUUUGAGUGUGAUGAGAUAACCCAGGACCAUGUGUGUCCCUUAACUGUCUACACACAUGAGCUAGUUUUUUCUUUUUGUAGUGUCCUGUGAGACCAGCUUCAAGCACUGCUUAGAACAACUGCUCACUCUGACCUUGCUACACAUCCACUUGGAGUGGACUGUCAGACCAGGCAAGCCAGUCCUACAGGCUUCUGUGAAGGAAACCACAGAAAGUGAAAGAAGCAGAAUUAGAAAGAACAUUCCCCACUUGCAGUGCCCUUCUCACAGUGAAGUCAGACCGUGGAAGAUCUGCUGCAACCAUUAUCUCUGUUCUUUAUAUAUCAUGCAUUUAAAAUGAGAUGGAAAAGCAUUAGCAUUCUGUGUAAAUAUGGACCUUUUCAGAUUAAAACGUUAAUGGAGAUGCUUUUAACUCAAACAGCAACAUCUUAGCUAUUUGUUAGUUCUUUUUUGUUGUCUUAUCAAAGUUUAAUGGAGACACUUUCAUAAUUGUUGUUGUGUGUACAUUUGAUUUUCAUAAAGAUGGUAGUAAGUCAAUGCAUUAACCCUCAUCUGUGUAUUAUUUGUUCACAAGUUCCAGAAGGUUGAAGGACUGACUGACUCUCACAUCUGUCCUGAGGUAGAGAGUAGGGCGGGGACAAGGUGCUUUCCCUCUCUCUGCCUUGUUUAUUUUGUACUGUAAUGAAUGUCAGUCACUCAGCUGCUUACCUGAACACAACCUUAUGCUGCCCUUGGCUUGGCCACAUUUGUUAAUCCUUAUAUUGAUACUCUUCUUGAGGAGGAAAUUUCACCUUUUCUUUUUCAAAAGAGAUUCUGAGGCAAUCCCUCACCCUGGUCCCCACCCAGUCCAAAUAGGCAGCUUCUUGUGCAGGUCCUGUGCCCAUGGCUUGCUGUGGAGGAGUGUGGCUGGAUGGGGUGGGAGGUGGGUUUUCCAUAACCAUUUUCAUUUGGGUAGUUCUCAUGUGAUAUGCAACGGUCCGAGAUGGUUGUCUGAAUCAGGAUGGAGCUUAGGUCCUGCUCCCAUUGGUCAUUUUUCCCCCACCAAGCAGCAUUCUGCCUGAAGCAGGUAGAGAAGGCUUUGCUGCUCAUGGAAGCUGGUAGGGAACUUCAAAGGCUUGGGAGGGAAGACUGGACAGUGUUCCGGUGGGUAAGGAGAGUCUUAUAGGAUAGAAUGUCAGUGAUGUACACCUCUGAUGGGACCCCAAAGGGUGGUCUUUCACUUAGGUGUAGAGCCCCACAGGUGGACAUGUGAGGGAAUUCUCAGGGUGACAUAAACUAGGUGAAGGGUCUUUCUUGGAGAACUAGGCUUAAGGAUUAUCCCUGUCUUCUGUCUUUGGUUUUGGUUUUCGUUUGUUCGUCUUUUAUUUCCUUUUGUCAUUAUUAGGAAGGUAAAUUUGAUGUAGACCAUUGACUGACACCAGUCAAAGAUAGGUCCUAGUGACAAAAGAGCCCAACAGGUCCAUUCAGUAGCUAAGUAUUGUUUUUGGUCAUCAUAGGGUGCUCUGAGAGUCUUCUCUGUGUCCUCUGACCCAAGGCAAAAUGCACAAGUCAGGAAGCACUUCCUUGUGCCAGAGCAGUGGGCCACCCUGGGUGGCUCUUUUUGCUGUUCCCCUUGCAGAGAAUCAGCUUUAAUUCCCACCUCUGCUUAUUGGUCCCAGCUCUGGCUUGCAUCCUUACUCUCAUGCCCAGUUGCUUUGUUACUCACAGAGGGAGAGGAGGUCUAGGGGAGUGUACCUUGAUGUACUCUGCAAAGGAGAUAACAGAUGGGGUGCAGGGUAGACAAGAGCAAGACCCCUCCCCACAGAGGAAGCCACUAGAAGCUUAACUCAAUUAUGGGAGAACCUUAGACCACCAAAUUCUGCAAGGAUGGCUGGGGUAUUUUAAAGUGUAUGAUGAAGUAUUCUUUUUAUAUUCUUAAAUAUAAACUUGGAAAGGCAUUUAGCCUUGAUUUAUUAAAUCCUAAGGAUUUCCUGUAAGGUUUUUUGCAACCUAUUUAGUUUUUGUCAUUUAAAAUGCCUAACUUCUUAGGUACACAAACCCAUGGCUUUGUGUACUAGAACCAGAGCAAUCCUGAUUCAUAUUGGAUCCCAGGUAUACCUCGUGCUGGUAUCAGGUGUCAGAGGUACACUUGUUAGCUACCUUCCCUGACUUCCCUAGAGACUGCUGGUCAGCUACCUCUUCCUGUCAUGUGUUGGUAGAAUGGGCUGAACAGGCAGGUAUUUGCACCAAAAGAGCUCUCCUUUUCCCCUUAGAUGUACAGGAGAAGACGUUGUUAAGUGUUCUUGCUUCCAUUUACUGGUUUUUUUCAAAGGUUUGUGGGAAAAUGCAGGUGAUUUAGAGAGAAACUUGUGUAGAUUUUCUUACAAGUCACACAGGUGGAAUGGACAGACAGGUGCAUGUUAUUGUGUUCUGUGUCGGAAAGUUUAAUAUGCUCUAGGCAGUAGGCCUCUUGACUUUCUUACAUGACUUUCUGCUAAACUACUUUUCAUUUUAAGGAUACAUGCAGCGGAGGCUGGUUUGGGGACUAACACAUUUUGCAUUCUGCAUUGUUUGUUGUCUUAGAGCACACACAUUAUAGGCAGCGGGCUGCACCUAGCCCACACUGACUGGCCACUGAGGAGCAGAUAACCACUUGUUCUUUACUUUUACAGGUGUGGGAUCCUGGUCCUGAGCUGUGUCCUCUGUGAGGACUUCCCUUCCAAGCUUUAAUUCCAAUUUUAAUUUUCAGGUGCAGCAGCGGUGCCCCGUGCUUCCCUUGACUUUAAGUGUCUGAUGUUCUGUUCUCCUCUCCCACCAUGCGGCCUACUCCCCUGCCCUGGCUGGGACUCUGGCUCCCUCCUUACCUUCUGCUUUUCUCCCAUCUUGUCGAUACCUGAGGUGUUGUCACUGUUCCCCCAUCUAGUGAGUCUCUGUUUGCAUGUUCUUUCCCUCCACCUCUGUGGCUUCCACACCUGCAGUGGCCACUGAUACUCACUUGAGUUAGGCUCCCUCUGGCAGGAGGGAACAUUGUGGAUGUCUGCGCCAGGGCCACAUGAGCAGUUUCUCUAACCCUUUUGCCUUGACAGGUCUUUCCUUGGGAUUUGCUCCUCCAGAACCUGAAUUGGAGAGCUUGACCUUUUGCUUGUUAUUUUGCAGUUUGAUUCUGGGCCUAAAGAUGCCAGUGCCUUUGAGCUGUGGUCUGCAUGUCAUUAACCACCCCUCUCUGUUUCUACCCUCUACCUUUGCAGGACCCGGGGCAUGGGUCAGUGUUAGUGGUAGCGUGCUCUCAUUCGCUUGGAAGUGGUGGCCGUGUGGCCGUUAUACUGCCCUUGCCGAUAUGGCCCUCGUCGUCGUAUAAUGUAUGUGCGCCUCCCUGCUGUGCAGGCUGCUUGGAGUGCAGGCUAUGUUGCUGGGAGCGCGCUGGCUGCUUAGAAACCACGAGACACCACCUUGCUUUCCUCUGGCCUCACUGUUUCUGCCAGUCACGUGCUCUUCCCGUAUGAGUGUCACUGCCUGCUUUACUCCAGUUACCUUUGCAUUAACUACGUGGGAACUCUUGCAGGCUAUAUAUGUGAAGAAUAGUUGUGAUGUAGAUGAAAAGAAAAUGUAUUGUGUGUAUCAUUUGUGUGCUUUCAUAGCAAAAAAUGUGUUUCAGCUGUACUGUAACCAAAAAUUGUGUCAAUAAAAUAUUAGAGGUUUUCCUGG